AUAUAGGCAAUAUUGCGAUAUGAUUACGAUCAUCGAUGGACCUUGAGGAAGAGUGUGCUACAUGCAUAGCCAGAAACGAAGUUAGCAGAGCUUGGUCUUUUGCAUUCACCUCCCCAGUCCAAGAAAAUUACAAGCACUGGAUUGAAAUCCUGCCGACUUCGUAGAAGGAUCGACCAAGCAGUGCAGCCGGCGGUCGACCUUGUCCGCCCUUCAUCACGGCACAGUAGGAGAGAGGUCACAGCCAUUACAGGAUCUGAUACCACUGAAGAGUCCGAGGAAUACUGUGAAUUGGAAUCAGCACAUGAGCGCAUGGAGGCCAUUCAGAACGUUCCUGAACCUAGUCCAGGUGACCUUCCUGGCCUUCAAGGCAUUCCAGUGGAGGUUCGGGAUAUGGCUGCAAAAAUAGGCUUCGAAAUCGGCCGUAGGCCGUUCCAGCUGUUCUACACAGCAUAUGAUAAAUGGAAGUCGGAUUUCAAGCCGGCUUUUAACAGUCCAGGAUCAGCCAAGGCUACCAUGGACAGCACCCUCUACUAAAUGGGAUUCAGGGAGAGAGACCUUCUUGACCAGCAGCAGGUCAACAGGGUGAGCCUCAAAACGUUCAAGGAGAGUGUCAAGCCCAAGUUGGUUCACGUGGUGCCACCAAACUUCAUCAAUGGGCUUGAGACAGCCUUUGAGGCGGUUGCCAACCCAAACCCCCGGAAGAGGAAGAACAGCUGGGAUAGCCACGAAGGAGAUGGGGGCGACGGUGAACGUGAUGGCACCAAGGAUGCAUCAGGAAGUGGGACUUCACAGGGUGUGCAGCGUGCCAAGAGGUACAUCCUGGAGAAGUUGUACAAGUUCUUCAAUCCAGUCCUGAAGGACUUCAAUUCAGCAUCCAAGAUCUACUUGGAAGUGACCGAAAAGGAAAUUGAGGACUUUGUGGUUAUGCUGGGUGGGCGAGACAGAACCGUGGCUGGCUUCCACUUGGACUCAGAAGCAACCGACCAGGACAUACACGCACGUGUCUGGAAGUCCCUGGUUGAGAGAUGGAACAACCGCAAGAAGUGGAUUGGAAAUCUACAGCAGCAGGCCAAUGUGGAGGGUGAGUACUAAGAGUACUUUGGAAA